AUGAGCAAACCAGCAACACAGACCCCAGAUGGGAGCCGCACGUCUGAAUCGGACUCUGGGGUCCGCUUCCAUGCUAUUGACGACGCGGAGCCUUUUUACAGAUAUGGCCCUGGUGGCUACCAUCCAGUGGCCAUCGACGAUCGACUUGGCGGUCAUUACAAUGUACUGCAAAAGCUCGGCCACGGCAGCUAUUCCACGGUCUGGCUCGCGCGAGACGAGGUGCUCCAGCGACUCGUUGCGGUCAAAGUCUGCACGGCGGAUGCGAGCCCGCGUGAGUCUGAGAUUCUGUCCCUCCUAAGGCAUCCGUCUCAGGUGGACGGCGAUGGGAACGACGACGCCCUGGGCCGGGGCAUGAUGCCCAUACUUCUCAACACAUUUCACAUCAAUGGUCCCCACGGCACCCAUACGUGCCUGGUCACCGAUGUUGCACGGUGCAGCGUGGACGAGGGAAAACGCAGAGGAUUCUACGCACCUCUAAUGCUGCCCGUUGCACGUGCUAUCGCAGCUCAAUUAAUUCUUGCGGUUGCCUACCUGCAUGCUAAGGGGUUUGUCCACGGAGACCUUCAUCUCGGCAACGUCCUACUCAGACUUCCGCAGAAAUUUCAUCUCUGGUCUGAAGAGGAGCUGUUGGAGCACUGCGGAGAGCCAGAACAAGAGCCAGUUCAGACGUUUGGUGACAAGCCGAUUCCAUCGGGCGUCCCACCCGUUGCCACUCUGCCCGUCUGGUUCCCCAUGGAGCGUAUCGACAAGCUUCCCCUGUCCGAGGCCGACAUCGUCCUCGCUGACUUUGGCGAGUCAUACCGCCCUUCGCAGGAGUCGAAAUUCGAAUGUUGCACGCCGGUGCAUUUUCGCCCACCAGAGUCUAGGUUUGAGCCAACGAAGCCGAAGUCGUUCUCCAGCGACAUCUGGACCCUCGCAUGUACUGUCUGGGCCACCCUCGCCCAGCGAUCCUUGUUCGAGGUGUUUUGGGGUACCGAGGACGACGUGACAGGGAUGCAGGUCGAGACUCUCGGGAAACUGCCUGAUGAAUGGUGGGAGAAAUGGGAUGCGCACUCAGAGGGCUUUACGGAGGACGGCCAGCUUAUCCGAGUCGAAGACGGUCCUAUGUGUACCUUUGACCACCAGUUUGAGGAUACUAUCCAAAGCGGGCGCAGAAAAUUAAACAUGGAGACGAUGGAUUCGGCCGAGAAGGAGGCUCUGCUUGCCAUGUUGCGGCCGAUGCUGGCGUACAGACCGGAGCAACGUUGCAGCGUCAACGAGGUUAUUGGCUCGGAGUGGAUGACUAGGUACGCGAUGCCGGACUACGAGAGGAUGCUGAGAACUCAAUCGGUGGAUGGAGAACCCAGGAAAUGA